UACGUAAGGUAUGAGAGUUCAAAUGGGACUCUGAAAAACGGCACUACCGGUAAUAGUGAAUCUGACAGGAAAGGAAGGCCAGAACGAGAGCCAAGCAAAUAAAAUUCCUCCAAAUUUAGCAGGGAGACCCUUUCUUUCCCAACCAUCCAAUCUUUCCUCUAAACACAACGCAUUGCACGCACUUCCUUCUUUCAGAUUCUCCACUAAAUCUCUCUCUCUCUCCCUUUCUCCCUAUCUCAAUCUCCUACACCCAAAUCUCCUCUCUUUUCUUUCUCUUUUGCUUUUGUUUUCGUUUCUUUUUAGUGCUUCUGCUUUGCCCCAAAGUUCACGCUUUUAACUCUCUCCUCUUCCUGCAUUUCAGUAGAAGUCAAUACUUAUGGUGGUUUUCUGGGUGUGUUGACCUUGCUCUGCUCUUUUGGAUCAAAAAAACUGAGCCUAUAAUGCGAGGAGAAAAUUUUAAUACUUCUGAAGGGGAAAUUAAGGUAAGUUUUGGCUAUCAGUGCAACAGCCACAAAGGUAUUCCUUGCAGCACUGCUAAUGGGUGUGCAAUCCAGCUGGGAAGUCAAAUGCCAAGGACAAGCAGUUUCUCUUGCUUGUCUGGUGCUGCCCUAAGCGCCAAUGCUACAUUGGCCAACACAAAUAUUUGCAAUGGUCUGAUAGGAGCUGAAAUUCUUCCUAGUUUGGACUCUCCUAAUUCAUUCCGUAGGGUUCCCUCUUCACCAUCUCUUACAAGGUUGGAUAUAUUAUCAUCAUCCCUGCAAAGCAGUAUGUCAAACUUAAGUUGCAGUCCACCAAGUCCAGAUGAUUCGCCUGAAUCUGAUUCAUAUUUACUGAAAUCCAUGAGUGCUCCUUCCAGAAGUGAAAGUUUCCUUAAUGCUAUGGAACUACAAGUGGCAGGUGGAGCUGCUGGUGAAGACAGGGUUCAAGCUGUUUGUUCUGAAGAAAAUGGGUGGCUCUUUUGUGCAAUCUAUGAUGGCUUCAACGGAAGGGAUGCAGCUGAUUUUCUUGCUGGGACAUUGUAUGAAACUAUUAUAGUUUAUUUUAAUUUACUAGACCGGGAAUCAAAACAUGAUGUCCCCAGAGCACUCAAUGGUUUAAAUGGAAAUGGACCUUUUGAAUAUGUUCAUGAUGAUAGUAGAGUUGGUAAUGAGGCGAAAAUCCCAUCUAGGAUUGAUAGCAAGAAGUAUGCAAGUGCUGAAAGCUUCAUGAAGAAAAGUGCAGAUCAUAAAAUGGAAGUGUCAUCUAAUUCAUUUAGGCAUGGGGUGCUUGAUAGCUUCCAGCGUGCUCUGAGUCAAGCUGAGAAUGAUUUCUUGUACAUGGUAGAGCAGGAAAUGGAGGAUCGCCCUGAUUUAGUUUCAGUAGGAUCUUGUGUUUUGGUUAUGCUUCUUCACGGAAACGAUUUGUAUACACUCAAUUUAGGUGACAGUCGAGCUGUAUUGGCAACAUAUAAUGAAGGCAAUGACAUGGGUCAGUGUGGAAGGCUGAGAGCUAUUCAGCUCACUGAUAGUCACACUGUUGAUAAUGAAGUUGAAAGAACUAGACUCUUGCAUGAGCAUCCUGAUGACUCUAUGCCCAUAGUUGCUGGAAAAGUGAAAGGAAAAUUGAAGGUGACUCGUGCUUUUGGAGUCGGUUACUUGAAGAAGAAAAAACUGAAUGAUGCACUGAUGGGUAUUCUUCGAGUUCGCAACCUCAUAAGUCCCCCAUAUAUCUCCACAGAACCAUCAUUGAAUGUGCACAAAAUAUCAAGAUCUGAUCACUUUGUUAUAGUUGGCAGUGAUGGUUUAUUUGACUUCUUCAGCAAUGAAGAGGCUGUAAAGCUUGUCCAUUCUUACAUCUCAAGCAACCCCUCUGGAGAUCCUGCAAAAUUUCUUGUGGAACAGCUUGUAAUAAAAGCAGCUCAUUCUGCAGGUUUCAGUAAGGAAGAAUUGAUGAAUAUUCCAGCUGGUAGGAGAAGGAAAUACCAUGAUGAUGUUACUGUUAUUGUGAUUAUUCUUGGAAUGAAUUAUCGCACUUCUAAGGCAUCGACUUGUGUGUGAAUUUUAUGUCAGCCUUUUCCUGUCUUGCAAUAGCAGAUUUAGCAGUUCUACAUUUUCACUAUAUUUUUCAAAUGUAAAUAGCUUAAAUUUGAGAUAAUCUUCUCUUGAUUUGUUACAAACCAAUUUUGGUAUUACUUUAAUCAUGCAUUAGUCUUGGGUGUAAAUAAGUAGCUGAUCUUUUUGUUUCUCUUUCUCUACUACUUGUGAAUAUUGAGAAGAUUUGUUAACAAAAUAUAUCCAGCUUUCUCAAUUGAGUAAUCACUUCAGCAUGAUCCCAUUCGUUCAUGCUCCCA